UUAUAUUAAUGAUGUCAUCCUUUGUUCCCACAGACCUCCAACAGCCAAGUGUCUCCAAUGAAGAAGAAGCUUCUGCCAUCCUACAAGUCUGGAGCCUGGCAAGUAGGUCCAAUCAGGACCAGAAAGAAGGAGAACAUCAGUGGACUGAAGAGGAACAGAUGGAACCAGAACCUAAAUGGAUUAAAAUAGAAGAGGAGGAACCAGAACCUACACUGUUCAAACAUGAGGAAAUAGAAUAUUCACUAAUGUAUGUAAGAAAAGAGGAGCUAGAUUCUUCAGUGCUUCAACAUGAACAGCAGCCACCAGAAUAUUUACCAACUGGACAGGACCAGAAGGACCUCUGCAGCAGUCAGGAGGGAGAGCAGCUUGUCCAGAAGCAGUUUGUUGCUUUGAUUGAGACUUCUACUCUUCAGGAAGAUGAUAUGAGUGAAGAAGAUACAAGAACAGAGCAGCUUUCCCUUCAUGUCUCUCCAGUGGUUGAGAGCAAAGAUCAGGAAGGAAGCAGCUGCUCUGUGUCAGAGAGUCAGUCUGAUACUGGAAUAAAGAAAAAGCCUUUCAAAUGUGACAUUUGUGGGAGAUGUUAUACACAUCAGUGUAACUUGAAAAUCCAUCACAGAACCCACACUGGUGAGAAACCUUAUUCAUGUCAGUCAUGUGGAAAGAGUUUCUCUCGAAUUAGUAACUUAAAUGUCCACAAGAGAAUUCAUACAGGUGAGAGACCUUUUUCGUGCCAGUCAUGUGGAAAAACGUUCUCUCAAAUUAGCUAUUUAAAUCACCACAGGAGAAUUUAUGCAGGCGAGAAGCCUUUUUCUUGUCAAACAUGUGGGGAAAGAUUCUCUCAGAUUUGUGAUUUAAAUUGUCACAAGAAAAUUCAUAUAGCUGAGAGGCCUUUUUCAUGCAUGUUAUGUGGAAAGAGUUUCUCUCGAAUGGAGGUCUUAAAUCAUCACAAGAGAAUUCAUUCAGAUGAGAGGCCUUUUUCAUGCAAGUCAUGCGGAAAAGGGUUCUUGCGAAUUGGUGAUUUAAAUCGUCACAAGAAAAUUCAUACAGGUGAGAGGCCUUUUUCAUGCCUAUCUUGUGGAAAAAGCUUCUCUCGAAGGGAUAAUUUGAGGAUUCACAUGAAAACUCAUACAGGUCGAAGGCCAUUUUGAAGCCAAACUUGUGGAAAUGUUUUCUCUGAAAUUGACCAUUUAGAUAUACUCAGGAGAACCCACAUGGGUGAGAUGUUUUUCAAAUGAAAUAUGGGGUGAAAAAUGUCUAUCAUUAUGGUAAAUAGAAUUUCCAUGUGAAACAAAUAACAAGUACAUAAGAAUGAUGGAGUUGCAGAGGUCUCCAACUCAAUUGCUCAACAUUUAAUGUCUUGCAGGUUUUAGAUUCAUCCCUGUUCCUGGUGCACCAUGACAAAAAAAAUUAUUUGCCUCCUCUAUUUUUUUGAGUCUGUCUGACCCAUUAAAACUGUAACUGUAAAUCCU